AAGUAACUCGAGCAGCUAGAGCACGGAAUAGAGAAGAGAACCCAGAGUGAUGGAGAUUGAGGCGCCGAUUAUCGUUGCAAGCGCCGGCGAGGGCCGAUGGUCGCAGGCGGGAACAACGCUUCCCGUCAGCAACGUGCAGGCUCUGGCGUCGUCCGCAGGCAAGUUGACGGCUGAUAAGAUCAAAAGGUACAUCCGGCCGGACAUCGACGCUUACGAGGUUCUCUCUGAGCAUUCCGGCGAGGUUCCGGUGAUCGACCUCGGCAAGCUCCUGAAACCCGAGUCCGCUGAAACGGAGGCUGCAAAACUCAGAUUUGCCUGUGAGGACUGGGGCUUCUUUCAGCUUGUAAAUCAUGGGAUACCAGAAGGGGUCAUCGCGAAUAUAAAGAGCGACAUUCAGAAGUUCUUUCAGCUCCCCCUUGACGUGAAGAAUGCUUACGCGCAGCGCGUAGGUGAUCUUCAAGGUUAUGGGCAAGCGUUUAUUCUAUCAGAUGAGCAAAAGCUUGACUGGGCCGACAUGUUCGGACUCUUCUCUCAACCACCUCAGGCGCGAGAUAUGAGUUACUGGCCCAGUCAACCUCCUACAUUCAGGAAUUCUAUUGAAGAAUACUCGUCCGAAUUAACAAAACUAGCUCGUUCUGUUGUCACCUUCAUUGCAAAAACACUUGAUGUUGAUCUUGAAUUGGUGGCAGACAAACAUGUUGGGCAAUUUUUGAGGAUGAACUACUACCCUCCGUGCACGUCAACGCCAGAAAAGGUUAUAGGCUUCUCCCCGCAUUCUGAUGGGUCUUUCCUAACCAUCCUGCUAGAAAUUAAUUCAGUUCAAGGCCUACAAAUUAGAAGGGGCGGUGCAUGGAUCCCGGUGAAACCACGUGCAGAUGCAUUAUUGGUGAACGUGGGAGACUUUCUUGAGAUCAUGACGAAUGGGAAGUAUAAGAGUAUUGAGCAUCGGGUCACCAUAAAUGCUCACAAGGAACGGCUAUCCAUAUCUGCAUUUCAACUACCAAAGUACGAUGGAAUAGUUUCACCAAUUUUGGGGAGAACAGAGGAGGUGUUAUACAAGACAAUGAGGGUAGAAGAGUAUGCAAAACUUUAUAUGUCAAACAAACGAGAUGGAAAGAGGACUUUGGAUCAUGCAAAGUUAUCCCCAAUAUAAUUAAUGCCAUUCUAAUAAAUGGUCUAUGGAAUAAUUUCAAUGUUCCAAUUGUAAUGGUUAUAAAUAUUGCUGGACAGACCAGUCAAAAAACAAAUUGCUCAAUAGAGGUUGAGAUGUUACUUUGUUACUUCCA